AUGACCACAACCUCGACCAAGACCAGUACUGGUCUGCACAGCACGACCACAACCUCAACCAAGACCAAGACCAGACCAGUACUGGUCUUUAACAGCACGACCACAACCUCAACCAAGACCAAGACCAGACCAGUACUGGUCUGCAAAAGCACGACCACAACCUCGACCAAGACCAGUACUGGUAUACAACAGCACGACCACAACAUCGACCAAGACCAAGAUCAAGACCAGUACUGGUCUACAACAGCACGACCACAACAUCGACCAAGACCAAGAACAAGACCAGUACUGGUCUGCAAUAGCAUGACCACAACCUCGACCAAGACCAAGAACAAGACCAGUACUGGUCUGCAAUAG